ACUAGUAUUGAUGGUGGGCAAGAAUGCCGACCAGUCCAGUCCUCUUUUCUCCUAUCGCCGGACCAUGUGCGCAAUCUGAUUCGACGGGAGGAGAGCUCCCACAACCAUCUUGUGUAAAUUCGAUGACUCUGGCUUGCGCGCUCUCCUCAGAUACAUCUGCAUCUACAUCUACAACUUACCUGCAACGACAGCUCCGGAAUUGAUUUUCUCUAAAAAGCAAAACUUUGGGCAAACCGAUCAGACACGAUUCCAUCCAGACGUUGUGACAGCUGCUGAACGCAUUUACCCGUCUCGCCCAUCUCUUUGCCCCUCAUCGAGCCGCAAUCGCGUCACCCCAGCGAGUAGCUAUUAAACGCGUUGAACGGCCUGGCAGAUCCUCACAAAACCCUCCCGUCCUUUUCUUCUUCUCCGGAGUCUUCCUCCACUUCAUCGCGCCUUCAAAUUGCCGUGCCCCGAUCGAGGUCACAGCUAGGUGCUUUGGAGUGACUGGAAGAUAUCCAUUUCGCCACUUCUUCAGAUGAGCCACCUUCUUUGGAAAUACUACCAUAAUGAGGAGGUUGACAAAUUUCGGCACCUCCUUGCAAAUGGCAGUCAAAAUAUCCAAUUCACACCGAAGAGCUAUGGAGGGCUAGGAAAUACGCAGAGUUGGGGAAGCUUGACUGGGAGCCCCGGUGGAUUUGCGACAUCUCCCAGAACUGUGACCAAGACCCGAAAGGCAUCUGGACAGCAGGGCGCGGGCGGCGCAAAGGGACUGAAUACAAGUCUUACUCGCGCAGACGUCAAUAGCAGAGAUCAUGCUGGACUCACGAUUCUGCAUCGUGCUGCAUCCUCCACCUCGGAGCUUGCGACAAGCUUCGCCCUGGCACUUCUCGAACAUCCCGCUAUCGAUUUGUACACACAAGAUACGGAGAAUGGGUGGACGGCCUUGCAUAGAGCUUUGUAUUUCGGGAAUAUCACUCUUGCGAGAGCUAUCAUCGAGAAGGACAGUCGAGAUCCAGGUAGCCAGGUUGGGAACGCCGUGCAGAGAGCAGCUAGUUCUGUCAUCAAAGUCAAGGAUUAUGAGGGAAACAGCCCCUUCGAUGUUUACAAUGCUACGAUUGCACGGCGCUCUCUUAAUCUGGAGAGUAAUGGAGACGGUUCAGAUGAUGAGUCGGACGAUGCAGAGUCAGUGCUUGCUGGCUCGGCGUUGGAUAGUACUCCAACCUCAAUCAAUGGCGACGAAGUCUUUGCCUGGGGAAGCAGUCGCAACCACGGACUGGGUUUUAAGGACCAAGAUGACCGCCAGCAUCCUGAGAAGAUCAUCUUAAAGAGACCUGACCAUCUCUUAUUUCGAUUCUAUCGGGAGUAUGUUGAAUCAUUUGAAGCCAAAGACCUUCCGUUCAAUAAGCCUUCCUCGCCCCCAAAGUCCGUUGCUGAGCUUCCUACUCUCAUCACGAAUCGUCCCAUUACUAUCCAAGAUAUGGAGCUGUCAAAACUCCAUAGCGCGAUCCUGACAACUGACCCGGAAUCCAAUCUCUACAUGUGUGGAUUUGGUCCAGGUGGGAGAUUAGGAGCAGGCGAUGAGACUACUAGAUUCUCUUAUGUCCCAAUAGAAGAAGGCGCUCUUGCUGGAAAGAAGGUUUGCAAAGUCGCACUCGGCCAAAACCACUCCUUGGCUGUCACAUCAGACGGAUCUCUGAUGUCUUGGGGGACAAAUACCUAUGGUCAGUUGGGAUAUACGCUACCUCGACCAGCGUUGAAGGACGAAGAACCGAUAUGCUCAACGCCUCGCCAGAUCUUCGGACCACUGAAAAGAGAGGCAAUCGUUGGAAUCGCGGCGUCGGCUUUCCACUCCGUGGCCCAUACCUCUACCUCUCUUUUCACAUGGGGGAAGAAUGAAGGGCAGCUGGGCUUGAUGGACUCCGACUCACGAAGUCUCGAGAUUCAACCAAUCCCUCGUAAAGUUGCUGCAUCCCUGUUCAAAGCAGCUAUCACAAUGGUAUCGGCCAUCAAUUCUGCCACUAUUGUCUUGCUAGCAAAUCAUACUGUCUGCGUCUUCACGAACUACGGGUACAACAUUGUCAAGUUUCCGUUGUACGAAGGUUUCACGAAUUACCAUCUGAAGACCAAUGCCCUGACUACCCGAUACGAGACUACGACGAAUCACAUUUCACACAUCACUGCUGGCGGGGAUACAAUUGGGGCUGUAUCGAGUCGUGGCGACCUCUUUACUUUGGCCGUUCGAAGUAUCCCGACGAAUGCUGCUACAAGUACAACUAAUCCAUCAAAGAUCAAGGACUCGCUCUCCACACCCGAGCGAGUAUGGUCUUUGCGAAAAGGACAUUGGGACGGCAUCAAAUCCGUUGGUAUUACCGAAAAUGGUUCAGUUAUUGUGUGUACACAAGCUGGUGCGGUUUGGCGUCGAGUCAAGCGAGCCAACAUCAAAGAUGCUUUCCUGGGAGCCAAAAAUUUCAAUCGCAAGGACUUCAAAUUCCAGCGCAUCCCAGGUCUGACGAAGGUGGCAGCUGUUGGAAGCACCACGUUCGGUGUCUACGCGGCUAUCAGGAAAGAUUGUGACGUGACGAGAACUCAGAUAGAGAUUGACGAGCACGGCCUUUGGUCAGAUGUGGCUCCGCUGCUUAGCGUUCGAGAUUUGGAGGCCUCUGAAGCACCCGAGGAUGAAGAGGACACAGACACCCCUCGAUUCUGGUCCCCAGCCCUGCCCAAGGAUUUAUUUGAGCCUCUGAAACGCGCAGUCCUCACGUCGCCGGAUCUCGAAGGCGAUGUGUCUCGCCACUUCCUAGGCCAGUCUCUGGACGAUACCUACAACGUGAGCCUCGCGACCACAAUCUCAGAGGUUCGCAUUCCGGUCCACGGAUUUAUUCUGUCUCGAAGCCCUGUUCUCAGGACUUUGAUGAAUGAGUUUCGGCGGACUGGAUCGGCAUCAAUACCCGAGGUUCUUACUAUCCAAAAGAGGUCAACCUCUCCUGACCAGCCAUUCGAUCAAGCAGGAGUCGAGGGGCCGGAAAUCGUUUUCCAAGGCAUCGACUUCAUUACUCUCAUCAAUUUUGCCGCGUACCUGUACACCGAUACAGUGAUCGAUGUUUGGCAUUUCACUCGCCAUUGCCCAAAGAUGGCUUUUCGAUAUCGACAAGUGCGGCUUGAAGUCAUGAAAGUUGCUAGUCAUCUGAAAAUGUCGAAGCUUGAGGCUGCAGUACGCUUGAUGUCCGAACCUGACAGACAAAUGAACAUCGAUAUGGCUCUUGCUCUACGAGACCCGACGUUUUUUGAUGACGGCGAUGCGAUCAUCGAGCUUGAUGGUUCCGAGGUUACUGUUCACAGCGCUCUCUUGUGCCAACGGUGCCCUUUCUUUGACGGCCUCUUCAACGGUCGUGCUGGUGGGCAGUGGCUGUCAGAGAGAAGACAGAACAACACGGAGGCUGUUCGAAUCGACUUGAAACAUGUUCAACCUGAAGCUUUCAGUCUUGUUCUUCGAUUCCUCUACUCUGACAUUGGAAAUGAGCUCUUUGAUGACAUUGUUUCCACGGACAUUGACGAGUUUUCAGAGCUCGUAAUGGACGUUCUGGCUGUGAGUGAUGAACUCAUGCUUGACCGAUUGUCCCAGAUCUGUCAACAGGUAAUCGGCCGUUUUGUGAACACCCGCAAUGUCUGCAACUUACUCAACGCCAUUGCCCCCUGUGCUGUCACAUCUUUCAAGGACAACGCUCUGGAGUAUCUUUGCUUGCAGCUUGAAUCAAUGCUAGAGAACCAUCUUCUCAAUGACCUUGACAGCGACCUACUUCUUGAAUUGGAUGAAGUUGUUAGAGCCAAUCAGCUGAACUGCCUUCCCUUUGCCAAGAGCGGGAGAGCUGAUCUACUACUUCAUGAACGAAACCCCAGUCUUGCUGAGGAUAUUCUUGAAGAGAGACAGAGGCGAGUCAAGGAAAUGACAUUCCGCAUGAACUUGAAGGACGAUGACCACAAGCUGUCGUCUUCGUACAAGGGAAGAGUUGGUAGCUUGGAAGACUUUGCUCCUAGGUCACCAAGUCAAGAAAAACUGCGCCGAAAGUCGAAGACUCCGAGGAAUGCUCCAUUUAGUCCAAGCAUUCGACCGAAAGACAGCACUGUAGACCUGAUGUUCGAUAUGGAUGAUGAGGAGGUUCUUACAGGUGGGAGUCCGCCAACACCGCGGACCGCUUUAGAACCCAUGCUUGACACGAAGAUGAAUUCGGCUGUCCGUAAGCUAGCAUGGGCAGAGCCUCGAUCAGUCCCAGAUGACAACGAACUGUCGUCUACUCCAACCGGACUCGGCAUUCAGACAGCGAAUGAGCACCAAGCACACGUUACGAAAACAUGGUCAUCUCCUGCGCUGCCGUCCUCGAAGCUCGACAUGAAGGAAAUUAUGGCACAAGCUUCGUCAAGCCGAACUUCAGCCCUUUCUCAGAGCAUUUCCGCUCAAAAGGCUCAAGACGAAGCGACAAACAAGCAGGCUCGAUUGAAGCUGUCCCAAAAGGAACGUAAGAAACAGCAACAGAUCAUGCAGCAGAGUAUGGACAAGCCUCAAAUAUCAGUCAGCAAGGAAGACGGCAAACCCGCCUCUCCAUGGCAGGUCGCUGGCUUGGGGCAAAAGACGUCAUUGAAAGAUGUUCUGAGCGAGCCAAAACCCUCAACCGCCCCAACUGGAAAGUCUCUGGCAUCUCCGAUUCCUUCUGGGGGUUCUACUCCAAGACGUACAGCAUCGCCGGAUACUCGUUUUGCAGGCCAAAGUCGAAAUGGGAACAACAGCAAUGCUAAGAAAGUACAAAGCUCCUCCGCCGGCUCAUCACGUCCAUCUAUUGACUCAAGAUUCACAAAGUCCUCUCCUAUCAUUCCCCACUCGAAAUCCUACACUACGCCAGUAGGCAAAGCAGAGCCUUCGCUGCAGCUCUCAAUGUCCGACAUCAUCGGACAGCAGCGUCGAGAGCAAGAGGUGAUCAAGGAAGCGGUUGCUAAGCGAAGCCUCCAAGAGAUUCAAGAGGAACAGGCAUUUCAAGAAUGGUGGGACCAGGAGAGUCGGAGAGCUCAAGAGCAGGAAGCUGCACGAACCAAAACUGCGCAGUCGACAAAAGGCAGUAAAUCUGGUGGCGGUCGUGGCAAAGGUGGGUCUAGGGGACGAGGUGGUCGAGGGAGAGGGGAUGCUGCCCAAGUCCGUGGAAGGGGACGAGGGCAAGAAAAGGCCGCUGCACCGUAGUAAUAAAUCUGUACAUAUUUGUAUAUACCUCGAAGGCGUUUUGGUUAGAGGGUUGCAGCAAUGCUCCACAUAUGACGGGAGCUGGCGUUACAUAGAUCAAUUGGAACUAAAUAUACCCAAGAAAGGCGAGGAAGCUCACUCAACUCGGCUAAAUUCCAC